AUGACUCUUAGAGAACCCAUUGGUUCAGACAGAUUCAUCACCUUCGUCUCUGCAUAUGCUCCUACUUUAGACAGUGAUGAAGACACAAAGAAUCAGUUCUACCACCAACUGAACAGUACUCUCUCUAAAAUAUCCAUUCAAGAUAAAUUAAUUUUACUUGGUGAUUUCAAUGCCGGAGUGGGAAGGGACAACCGUUUUUGGAGAGAUGUCAUGGGUAAACAAGGGGUGGGAAACUGCAAUGCAAAUGGGUUGCUACUUCUUGGUCUAUGUGCUGAGCACGAGCUUUUCAUCUCCAAUACCCAAUUCCGUUUGCGUAACCGCUAUAAGACCACAUGGAUGCACCCACGCUCCAAACAUUGGCAUCUUAUAGACUACGUUAUUACGCGACAGCGUGACAAGAAAGACAUUCUCAUCACAAAAGCAGCACUAAACAUCGAUGAGUGCUGGACGGACCAUAGACUUUUAGUCAGCCGUUUGAGAGUACUAAAGUAUCGCAAGCCACAAUCCCACUUUUCAAACCCACCACGCAGAAAAUUCAACAUAAGCAACCUGAACAACAAAAACGUUCGCUCACACUUCCAAGACAUACUGACUGAACAACUUAACAAAGCUCCAGCAACCACACAUGACGUCGAACAAGAAUGGACCACAUUAAAGAACAUCAUCAAAGAAACUGCUGAGAAUGUUGUUGGUUGUAGUGCACGGAAAAGAAGUGACUGGUUUGAUGACAACCAUGGAGAAAUCCAAGCCAUCAUCAAUGCAAAGCGGGAUGCUUACCUAUCCCUUGCUCAAGAUCCAUCCUGCGCAGAAAAGAAAGCACACUUUCAAGAACUCAAGCAGAAAUGUCAAAGUGAAAUACGAGUAAUCAAGAACAAGUGGUGGCAACAGAAAGCCACAGAACUCCAAAAUCUUUCUGAUGCAAGGAACCUGCGUGGCUUUUACGCUGGUAUUAAAGAACUGUAUGGACCUAUCCGCUCCUCAUCAGGAGCACUGAAAGCUGCUGACAACUCCACCAUUAUUACUGAAAGUCAGGACAUUUCAAAUCGUUGGAAAGAGCACUUCAGCUCACUGUUAAACAGCCCUUCUACUGCCGCUGGAGAUUUUCUCAAAAAUGUCCCACAGUACCCUCCAAAACCCUGGCUGGCUGAUCCUCCAACUUUUCAAGAAUUUUGCAAGGCACUCAAGAGUGUGAAACCUGGGAAGGCUCCUGGACCUGACAGCAUCCCGAUGGAGCUUAUUGAGGCCACCAGAAGUAACAUGGACUCCAUCAGCAGUGAUGAGGAUGAUGUUGAAGAUGAUAUUGACAAUCUGAGAUGUGACUUACUUGAGAAUAAUUUUGGCUGA